UUAUUUUUUACCACCGCCCCCCUCCCCUCCCUCCUCCUCUUUUUUUUUUUUUUUAAACCUUGAGUCACAUCAACUAAAAUACCACGCAGAAACCCCAAGCACUAUUUUUUUCCCCUCUUCCCCAGAAGAUGCACAGUUUUUAUUCAGCCAAGACAAUCCUUAGUUUUGAUAUUUAAGGGAUAGGCAGAAGACCAAGCAAAAUUACCCCUUUAGCCCUUCUUUCCAUCUAUGGUAAGAUUGCAAAAAUACAUACAACAGGCAAAAAAAAAAAUAAAUCUUUUUCCUGUUGCCUCUGAACAAAAGCAGCACCUGACACUCUCUGUAGGUACAUUCCCUGCUAUCAGUAUAACCAGAUUUAAGAGUAAAUGUUUGGGUUUUUUUCUUCUUCUUCUUCUUAAACACCAAUUGAAAAUGAACAUAUCAAAUCACCACUGAAAUUGACAAUCUCUUUUUCCAUUCCAGUAUCCUGAAAAGUAAGAGAAAUUGACAGCGAUAGCUCAGGGCUCAGCUUAAAGCACAAACAUUUUAACAGCUAACACUACUCACAGAUGUUACACAUAACACAUAAAAUCCUGUUUGUACAAAAAGAAUCACAAAGGUCUGCAGGGCCAGAAUUCCUUUCUCUGUUACCAGAAACUGUUCUGAACGGGUGACUCACGGAGACACAAGCCCCGCAAAGCAAUCUGUUUACAUCCUUAAAUGAGCUGUGUGUGACACACUACGUACACAGCACAUCCGUGCAGUCAGCGUGGGGAAACCAUUGCUGUAAUGGAAGCGUGAUGACAUGAAAAGCAGCAGCUCGUCACGCUUUCUAUCAUCAGCACUGAAUUUCACUUUGCAUGCAGCUCACUCCGCAGCCUUCAAAGAACACAGGAGACUCAAGCACACUACAAGCCAAGAAGGAGAAAAAGUCCCGGAACUGUGCUACAGUGCUAGAGAAAGCCCAAAGUAUGCCUGGAGAUAUGGAUUACAACAGUACCAACAACAUCAGCCCCGAAGUAGAACUGUUCCAGCUGAUCAUGUACACUCCCACAUUUAGCCUGGGAUUGCUGUUCAACGUGAUGGCAUUGUCAUUCCUGUUUUUUAAGGCUAAGAAGCUGUCAGAAGCUACAGUCUACAUGAUAGCCCUCAUCUUCCUGGAUACUUUGCUGCUGUUCACUCUUCCAUUUAAAAUCAUUUCCUAUCACCAUCCAAACAAGUGGAAACUGGGGUCUGUGUUUUGCUCCAUCUUGGAGAGUCUUUACUUUGUAAACAUGUAUGGCAGCAUCCUCAUCUCCCUCUGCAUCUGCAUAGAUCGCUACAUUGCUAUCAGGCACCCUUUCAUAGCUCCCACCCUGCGAUCCACCAAGAAAGCUGCUGUGGUCUGUGCUGUCAUCUGCCUGGGGGUCUCAGCUGGAACCGUCUCUACUUUCCAACUGCAUGAAAAGGGCCACAACAUCUCAUCCUGCUUCCACAACUUCUCCAAAAGCACAUGGGAAAACACAGCCCUGUUCAGUGCCCUGCAGACCACCUUCUUUGGCAGCAUGACAGCCAUGGCCUUCUGCACCGUUCAGAUCGUCAGGUGUCUGAGAAAGCGCAGGAAACCAGACAACCCCCACACGUAUGCCACCAGAGCAGAGAAGAUAGUAGUGGCAAACUGCAUCACGUUUUUGGUCUGUUUCACACCUUACCAUGUGACAUUCUUCCUGUACUUUUUGGUGAAGAAUGGCAUCAUGCACAUGGCUUAUCAGCCAAAGCUACGAGACAUCCUUCAAAUCACCCUUUGCUGGGCAAACCUGAACUGCUGUCUGGAUGGGGUCUGUUAUUAUUUUGUUUUAAAGGAGUCCUUGGAAAGCCCGUUACAAAAGAGUGAAAGAACAGCCAGAAAAAAUCUUGAUCCACAUGCUACAUUUGGAGAUGCUUUCAUGAAAACAGGAUCCUGAACUACUUAUCUAAAUUAUUUAAAUAUCCAAAUCUGAAAAUAUUUCACACACAAAAAAAAAAAAAGAAUGAACUCCAUUCCCAUGAGGCUGAUCCUAACUUAUUUCCUUCCCAUCCAUAAUGUUUUAUGUUGGCAUUUCUGGAAAACAGAAACGGAUUUUUUUCCUAUAAACAGGUUAUGCAUA